AUGUUCACUGAAGCAGAAGUUGAGCGUUUCUACCAGUCUAUCGUCAUCAAGAAGCCCGAGCUAUCGACUUCAUUGACCGUGGAUGACCUGAGGUUUUGGUACAAGGGUUACGAGGCCCAUUCUGGUGUGAAGUUGUACAACCCGGUGUCCGUGUCUCGUGCCCUCUUCUAUAGGAGAGUAAAUGAGUAUUGGACAACAACCGGUAUGUGGCCCUUGCAGUGGUCUAGACUCACCAUGCGCUAUUUCUUUCAGGCGGUACGUCUGAGCUCGAGAGCUUCAUUGCGAAGGCUUCCAAGCGGGCUCGGAGUGACCUGGUAA